GCAAGUACCUGCACGAGGGAAGUUACAUUACAGACAGCCUGCUAGCAUGUAAGUUAACUAGCUAGCCUAAAAUUACACCACUUCGUAAACUCUUUCAGCAGAAUAUUUCAUCAGAAACGGUUGGCUAGCAACACAACACUAUUGGAAUACAUUAUAUCACAAUUAUAUGACGAUUUACUACUUCUAAACAUUUAUAACAUAUACAUUUACACAUACCUCUCCUCAGUAGAACCAAAACAUACUGAGAGGGAACUCCUGCGUCUGACUUGAAGGUACUGCAGGCCAGAGCAAUAUACUACAGAGCAAUCGAUACACUCACAAUCCAUGGAUGUGAAAGGAUUUAGGUGAAAUACACAAGGCAAUAUUAACACUUGUUACAGGAGCAUGUGGAGAACGGUCCAGGUCUCAGUGGCUCGAGUCUAUUUUUUUUUUGUAGAUUUGUGACGCUUGAUUGUGUAUGUUGCACCAGACAAUACAUUUCUGCAAGUCAAAAUUGAUGGAUUUGGUUACAUCUUGACAAUGGAAUAGAAAUUAUAGCAGGUUGAGGUUUAUUGGGAUGAAUCUGAGCUGAGCUGAGCGGUUUGAGAGGAGUGGAAGAGAGGGCCAGGGUGGCUUCUUCCCACCCCUAUAGUACAGGAACCUCCUCUGUUGAUUUGUAGGUCUUCCAUUCACACAUACACACACACACACACACACACAGAUACAGCAGGGGCCUAGCAGACAAAGUCAGGAUGUGACAUCACUCACAGGAAGAGAAGCCAAACAACUUUUUUCAGCUUUUUUUUGUCUGCGCUGCUGUGUAACUGGCUGCUGAGUGAAGUUGGAGCCUCAAGGUCUGUUGGUGGCUGGGAAGGAGAGAGUCUCCAUAGGAUCCGGAGAGGGACAGAUCUGCCUGGAUCGUUGUCCAGGGGGAAUUAAAGUAAAGGGGGCUGACCACGGAACUCUCCUUGGCCUUCCAAAGACUCCCCACAUCAUUCCAAGCCAUCCACACGGACCCCGGCCAGAGAAAUGUCCCUGCAUUCCCAACCGCCCCCAAUGUAGAGGUCACUGCCCUCAGAACUCCUCAGAGAACACCUUAACCUGAACAAACUUAUGUUCGUGAAACCUGUCCAAUUACCUCUCAGGAACCCCCCGCACCCAACACACACACUGUCCAUUAGUCCACCAUUAAGACAAUGGCGCUCUGUCUCGGACAAGUCUUCAGCAAAGACAAAACGUUCAGGCCUCGGAAGAGCUUCGAGCCUGGGACCCAGCGCUUUGAACUAUACAAGAAGGCCCAGGCCUCUCUGAAGUCCGGCCUGGACCUGAGGAAAGUGGUCCAGCUUCCCGAAGGAGAGAACAUCAAUGACUGGAUCGCUGUGCAUGUGGUGGACUUCUUCAACCGCAUCAACCUGAUCUACGGCACGGUCAGCGAGUUCUGCACCGAGCGCACCUGCCCCAUCAUGUCCGGGGGCCUGCGCUACGAGUACAGGUGGCAGGACGGAGACGACUACAAGAAGCCCACCAAGCUACCUGCCUUGAAAUACAUGAACCUACUGAUGGACUGGAUUGAGACCAACAUCAACAAUGAGGACAUCUUCCCCACAAGAGUAGGUGUUCCUUUCCCUAAGAACUUCCAGCAGGUGUGUAAGAAGAUUCUGAGCCGUCUUUUCCGGGUCUUUGUGCAUGUCUACAUCCACCACUUUGACAGCAUCUGUAGCAUGGGCGCCGAGGCUCACAUCAAUACCUGUUACAAACACUACUACUACUUCAUCUCUGAGUUCAGCCUCAUCGAGCACUCAGAACUGGAGCCCCUGGUGAGAGAGGAGGUGUGGUGAGGGCAAUGACAGAGAAGAUCUGUAACUAAACCACUUGGAAAAUGGAGUUUACAUCAUUUCAGCAUUCCCUGUGGCCUUCAAGAGACCCACAACUUCAAUACAACCAAACACCCAAACUAAAGGAAUGGAUUUUGAGUGGAUUUGAAGAACUAAAGUGUUAUCCAUCCCAAGCAUUACAACGUUUGUUCAUAAAGUGACAUUUUCAGCCAAUAGUCUAUAUGUUUUAUGAAAAAGGACUGUUCUGCUUCCUAUAGUGCUGUGACAUGAUGUAGCACUCCAGUCUUCUGAGCUUUAUUGUAAUUGUAGUAAUGUUUAGUAAUAACUAUUCUAGCUCUGUUUUAUUACGCAUGUAUAGUUCUUGACAUCAUCAACUUUGGAAAUGUUUGCGGCUUCGAGGUGUUUGAGACAUUUUGUAAUGGAUGGAAGGUCACAACCAUAGAGAUAGAUAGAGGAUUCAUCUUUGUAUCUGUGCAAUUAUAGAGUCUGUGACAGCAUGGGCAUUGAGGCUAUCUCCAUUUUUAAGUAGUACAUUUUCUUCUUCACAAUUGGGUGAUCCCUCCUGAUGACCUGAUUGGACAUGACUCCAACAGGGUCACCAGGAGGGAUCAACCAAUGAAGUUGGAAGUCCAGCCCAGUUGACCACAUUAAAAUGGUGGAAGCUCUCAAUGGAAUGGAAGCCCAUGCUAAAAUGGCCUUUUGGCCACUAGAGGCCUCUAUCAUUCUCUAUGGUAACACCACUAGACCUGUCUCCAGUGUUUUGCAUUUUUAUGACAAAUAUGUGUGGAAUGUGUCCCAGCCAGACAACUUGAAAAACAAGUGUCCAGGGAUGUGCAGAAUGACAAGUAUGGACUCAUACUGGAAAUUACUGACUUAAUUUUAAUUUCCACAAAACCAGUUUAAACCUUGCUCUGUGAGACUGAUCUGAUGUGUAACUGAUUCAAUUUCCAAGUAUUAAGAGCCUAUUUACCCUUCCUGGUCUCUCCUGUUGAGUUAAUUGUGUUCAUUUUUGAGGAAAAUUAUUCAUUCAUCUUAAAAUACUCAUGACUCAUUAAUAUAACUUGCACUACAAAUGUAUUUUAUUUUAUUGAACCUUUAUUUAACUUAAAUACGACGCCUUAGACUAUAAUAUAACCUACCUUGCUACUACUAGUAUAUUUUCUAUGAAUGAGAGUGCUGUCAUACACCAGAAAUUCCCUAUUAUGAAAUAGGGGAAGUUGUUUUGCAAUACCUGACGUCCUAGUGGCUUAUUCUUUUCGUCCAAUGAAUAAA